AUGUUUCCCGCGAAUAAAGGAUUCGAAUCGGCUGCAUGUCCCUUCUACCAACAUGGCUUGUGUGAUAGACCCUACUGCCCAUUUGCGCAUGUGGUUAAACGCACGCCACGAACCAAACCACAACCCCAGCCAAAAGCACCAAUAAGGCCUAUGCAGCAGAAUAUAGCAAGUGGUUACUACGAGGCUACACAGAGUAGCAAAGUAGAUAGGUACGAUUCUAAAAAUAGCAGCAAUGUAGGUAGAUUCGAUGAUAGCACUAGUGGUUCCAGUAGGGAUGUUGAGAUCAAGGUAGUUGAAGUGGGGGAAACACGCACCCCACGUGAGGGCCCGACAGUUUUGAGUUCGUCUCCAUUCGCUAUAUCACCCGCACGUCCCUCUAACCCCGACACCGUCCCACAGCCUACUGUCAAACCAGUGCGUAAAACCCAAGACCCACUCCACACGGACAAACCCAAUCCGUACAAGGCCGGAGACACACCCAACACAACCCAAGAAACGCGCAAACGCCCACACACGUCCGCUGGUACACACACGGCAGAGCUAGACCCCACGGAACAGAGGCGGCGACAGUCGGUGACUAAGGGAAAGGGCUUUAUGAGAGAAGCUCAACUUAAUCUAGAAGCUAUGCGCAAGAAGCCUAGGCUUGAUCCUCCGGGUACGUGUGGGUGA